GACAGCGCCCAUGGAAAAACGGUGAGCGUGCGGUAAACUCACACAACACUGAGUCAGACAUGGUCAGACUGUCGGUGGUGUCAUAUCUAAAUUGUUGAACAAGUUUCGAAGAAGUAUGGUUCUAACCACAGCAGUUCUUUUAAGAAAGGCUGGAAGAUGGAGAAGCAACUUUAUUGAUCAAGUUCGGAUUCAUGUCAAGGGUGGUGCCGGGGGUCAAGGUCACCCAGCUUAUGGUGGCAAGGGGGGAAAUGGAGGUGAUGUUUUUGUGAAAGCAAAUAAGAAUAUUUCUAUGAAGGAUCUGAAGAUGAAGAGAAGACACGUUGCUGGAAUCGGAGAAAACAGUCGGGUCCGAGCGUUGCAAGGCAGCAAAGGAAAUGAUGUUAUUAUAAAAGUCCCCCUUGGAGUGUGUGUAGCGACAGACGAUAGACAUGUCUUAGGUGACCUAGAUACUGAAGGACCCAGGGUUCUUGUCGCUAAAGGGGGACGAGGGGGUUGCCAUGACAACCAAUGGUCUGGUGAAAAGGGACAAGGAGGAAACAUCAAGUUAAUUCUGAAGCUCAUCGCUGAUGUGGGACUUGUCGGUUUCCCAAAUGCUGGAAAGUCGACUCUUCUGAAGGCGCUGUCAAGAAGUCAACCAAAGAUUGCCAGCUACCCAUUCACAACUAUUAGACCUCAAGUUGGAAUCGUUGAAUAUCCAGAUCAGAGACAGAUAAGUUUGGCUGACCUACCCGGUCUGAUUGAAGGGGCUCAUAUGAACUACGGUAUGGGACACACAUUUCUACGUCAUGUAGAGAGGACUAAACUACUUCUGUUUAUGGUGGAUGUUCAUGGGUUUCAGUUGUCGGACCGGCACCCAUUCAGGAGUUCAUUUGAAACUAUUAUGCUUCUAAACAAGGAGCUAGAGUUAUACAAGCCUGAAUUGACAAGAAAGCCAGCCAUACUUGCUCUCAAUAAGAUGGACAUUGAAGGAGCUGAGGAAUGUCUGCAGGAAACAAGAAAGUUACUUCAAGAACGAGACUAUUCAAGUAUCUCUGAGGAAUUAAGACCAGCAUCAAUGAUCCAGUUUGAAGAUAUUAUCCCAGUAUCUGCCCAAGAGGGUCACUGCAUCGACCUACUUAAAGAUAGAAUCCGCUCCACCAUCGACGAGAUCCAUCAGAGAGAACACCAAGAGGACAUAAAGGAGCAGGCUAAUAAUAGGUGACCUUUGAACCCCAAGGGUCAGGCUAUUGGCCUCCCACACCAGACAUUAUUGUACCAUAACUGAUGAUCAAAUCAUGGAAUGCAACUCCUAUAGGUGAUCUUUGACCCAGAGUGACCUCUUAGGAUGUGACCUCUUCUUGCGAGGGCAAAACGUCUCAUUUUGUUAUCAUUCCAUCUAGAGAGAAUUUCAAGGAAAGCUCUGCAUGUGGAUGACCUUUGACAUAAAAGGUCACUGUGAAUGACCUUUGUGGUAUAAACUCAAGGAAAGUGCCAAUCUCUGCAACAAAUUAAGGGAAUACAUCCAACACUGUUAUUACGCAGGCAUGUGCCAAUGCAUGGCCCAAUUUCAUAGAGCUGUUUAAGCACAAAAAAGUAGCUAAGCACAACAAAAUUACGCUUACCAGAAGAGUACGAGCCAAACUAUCGUGUCACUAGCACAAUUUGUGAAUGAUAACCUAUCCUGUUAAUUUGUGCUCAGCUGAAAAUUUGUAAGCAGUAUUUUUCUGCUUCUUUCAAUCGGACAAUAACAUUUCAUAGUGGGUUGAAUGGAAGAUUUUCUAGGGUUAGAAAUAUGAUGAAACAAUCAAAUUGAAAUCAAAACAAACUAUGGAUUAUUUUGACUUUGUUGAAUAACUGUUUAAUGUGAUGCCUACCCAAACACACUGGGUACAUUUGUCACUGCAAGCUUUGUACAAUAUUUACAAUGAUACUUUAACCUAGUUUGCUUUUACCUCCAAAAUAAUUAUAAAUAUUGGAUGCUCUAAACCUAUCGCUCAAAGCUGUCCUUUUUUAGCAAACAACUUUAAAUUCUUACCCCGUUAACUUAAUUAUAAAAUGCCCUUUCAAGAUUUUCGUUUUUACAGUUUCAAUAAAUUGUCAAUAACUUUGCAUGUAGUGAAAGCUUCGUGUGCAUAGUUCAUGUCUGUAGAACCUGUUCGGCUUUCCUUUCAGACUAAAGAUUUGAAACUUUCUCAAACACUUAAA